AUGGCUUCCUACUCCUCCAAACUCCUCCUCUCCCUCGUGCUCGCUUCAUUACUCGUGUCCUCCUCGACGAUCUCGGCCCGGAAAAUCAACCCGCGCUCCACGGCAAGUACUCUCUCGGCCCGCCUGAAGCUCGACCAGCACAAUCCUGACGGCACGGGCACGUGUUGGGACGCGUUGUUCGAGCUCCAGUCGUGCAGCGGUGAAGUAGUGCUCUUCUUUCUCAACGGUGAGACCCAGCUAGGCCCCGCGUGCUGCGGGGCCAUACGGACCAUCGAGCACGAGUGCUGGCCGUCCAUGCUCGGCUCGCUCGGGAUCACGGCUGAAGAAAGCGACGUGCUCCGUGGCUAUUGCGAUGCGACAGCCGCCAGGGGCGGCGGCUCGACUGGUGCCCCUCCUCCUCCUCCGCCGCCGCCGCCAUUGCUGGAGCACCACUGCUAUGGCAAGUUUCCACGUGUCCUGCCCUGA